GGGGGGAGGAGAGGUGAGGAGCUGUGUACUCAGCUGGAUGAGAUGAGGGGGCGUGGCUUAUUCCUCUCAUGCAGACAGAGAGAAGAAAAAAAAAAAGAUGUGACAUCUUGUCCACAACAGACUCAGAACUGUGGACAACAGUAAAAGAAAACCCUCCGAACUACAGAACUUCCUGCCCAACAAACAGAAUCUGCUGCUAUUAAAAUAUCCUGGCUGGACACUGGCCACAGGAAAUCGGCAUGGCCAGUCCGGAAAUGGAGUGCGGAGAGAGAAUGCAGGGGUUACAGAAGCAGAUCAACUCCGUCAUGAACACCAUCAAUAAUAACUCCAAGGUGGUCGCCUUUAUGAACUCCCCUUUUGGACAGUAUUUGGAUGAGCGACCCUUCCUGUCCCUAUCACUCCUGGUUUUCAUAGCGCUGUCUGCAGUUCCUGUUGGCUUAUUUCUCACUGUAAUUGCAGGAUCAGCAGCAACAGCCUGCCUUGGGGUAAUAAUAUUGGAAGGUAUUGUUAUAGCAGUGUGCGGUGUGGCCUUGCUUUGUGUCCUAUGUGGGCUUGUGAUUCUGUCGUUUGGGGUAUCAGGAGUGCUGAGUCUUUGUUACCUGGCGGUAUCUAGUAUUUUGAAUUACAUGCACACAUCCAGAUUGUUAUCCAGGACACCAAACCAAACUCGCCCGGACUCACAAGCUGAGGACUCUUAUAUGGCCAGGAACGUUUCAAAGGACUGCACUCACAUUGACUAGAAGAUAUGUUACUACUGCAGCUGUGGCCUUUUGUCUGCCCUGGUGUCUAUGAAUUGACUGUUACAGUAAUGCCAAUAAGUUUACAUAUUCACAUAAGCACUUAGUUUUAUAUUGUGUUACAUUUACAAAUUUUUACUUUUAA